AUGAUUGAACUUUUUGCUAUUUUCACAAAAGGUGGCUUCGGCUUAUGGGCGUUCCAGGAAGGUGCCGAGCGUUUCGUCGAAGCGAUCAAUGCCUUUGUGAAGGACGUUCUAAUACAGGAGCGUGCUGUUACACAGUACAAGUACAACGACAUGACCAUCAAGUUCAUGCUCGAUAAUGAGUUCGAGCUGGUCUUUGUUGUAAGUUCUGGUCUGCUAUUCUGCUCCAUUUAUUAUUUUUGCCAUGCAGUGAUGCGGUAUUUUCGAAAGUUCAGUUCAAUUUCUCUCCUUGAGGUUAUUUAUCAAUCUGCAAUACAACUCUCAUACACGGACAAGUUGCUCUCUGACGUCCGUCAAAAGUUUCGUGAUAUGUACAAGAAUGUUCUGUUAAAUAAGCAGAUUCUGUACCAGUAUGGGCAGGAGUCAUUCCGUCAUUUCGAAUCCGAAUUUCUAAGUAUUCGCAAUGAAGUUAUGCGUUCGAAUGUACAAUCUACGGGUCUUCCGAAAAAGCCAAGAACAUUCCAGGAGAGUGUGAAAUCGCAAAAGACUGUCGAUUCAAUGAUCAUCAGUCGUCCAGGAGAUGAGAAGAAGACAAAGAAGGCAGGAGGAGCUCCGAAGAAAGCUGCAGCAGAAGAAGUUGUCCUUGGAUCAACUGACUCUGGCAGCGACAUCGGUUCCACUCCGGGUUCUCCAAGUGAUGAGAUAGCGAAGCGAAGAGAAGUGCUGCUAAGAAAGAUGAACGCAAAGAAACCAGCUGCAUCGAAAACUCCAGAAACGGAGCCCAAGAAAAAAGGAAAGCAAGCACGUGUUUGGGAGCUAUCAGGUGACGUGAAGAACAAUACGAACCUCGAUUAUUCUGGUGAUAAAGACAAGGAGCAAGCCAAUGCUCGUGGAGAUGAGGAUCUUGCAUUCAUCAAUGAGCAGCGUAAGUAUGUCGGUCGGUCUGCUCAACUUCAGGGAUUCUCGGACGGGGAGGAGGACGAAGCAGAAGAGAUUGUCGCGGCAGCACAAACGAAGAGUUCGUGGUUCGGUGCCUUCAAAAACUUGGUAGGUAAUAAACAGAUUUCUGCUGAGGAUAUUGAACCAGUAUUGGAGACGAUGCGCGAAAAUCUUAUACUUAAAAACGUUGCUGCUGAGCCAGCCGACAAGAUAUGCCAAUCUGUUGCGCGCAAGUUGGAGGGCAAAGUUGUGAGCACCUUUAGUCGAGUCAGUUCGGAAGUGAAAGAAGCUGUCCGCGAGUCUCUUACUCAGCUGCUAACACCCAAGCGUCGCGUUGAUAUCUUGCGAGAUAUUGUUGAGGCAAAACGUGAAGGUCGCCCUUAUGUUGUAGUUUUUUGUGGAGUAAAUGGAGUAGGAAAGAGUACAAACUUGGCUAAGAUCACGUUUUGGCUCAACGAGAAUAAUCACCGUGUGUUGAUUGCUGCCGGUGAUACCUUCCGUGCUGGAGCUGUUGAGCAGCUACGUACACAUACAAAACAUCUGAAUGCUCUCCACCCUAAUUCAGUUCAGCUCUACGAACAAGGAUACGGAAAGGAUUCGGCCGGUCUAGCAGCCGCUGCGAUUGGAAUUGCUGCCGAGCGUGGCAUCGACGUCGUCUUAGUGGAUACUGCUGGUCGAAUGCAGGAUAACGAACCAUUGAUGAGGGAACUGGCAAAGCUCAUAAGAGUGAACGAACCAGAUUUGGUCUUAUUUGUGGGAGAAGCCCUUGUUGGAAACGAAGCUGUGGAUCAGCUGGUUAAGUUCAAUCAAGCUCUUGCUGACAACGCCACCCCAGGCACACCACCUCGUCUGAUUGACGGCAUAGUUCUGACGAAAUUCGACACGAUUGAUGAUAAGGUAUUAUCUUAA